CUCUUCAAGUUCGUGCCGUGCCCAAGACACCGACUACCCAAGUUCGACCCAGCCACGCACCGCCUAACGGGCAACAACGAUCUCAACCUCGUCAACCUCUUCCUGCGUCUCUUCGGCCCGUGCACAGAUUAGGCACUCUGUAUCUGUCUCCUGCUCUUCCAG